AUGGCGGACGCCGAGACUGAGAACUGGGAGGACUCGUCAAAGACCCAAGGAUGCCGGAGGAUUCUCGAGACCCUCCAGGGGGCUAUUGAACAAUUUCAAUACAACCCCAGACUUACUAUUUCGGAUAAUUUGAAGAUUGGUUUUUUCACUUCAGACCAUGCUACGCAGACAGAUUGCAGUGAAAUUUUGCCAUUGAAAGAUUUGACUCAAUCAACAGAAAAGUUAAUGCAGAUGAUUACCUCACUUCAGGUGGAUUUUGGGUUCCUCAAAGAUUUGGUUCAACUGAAGUUUGAGGACCGACUUAAAGAGGAGUCUUGGAAAAUUGUCGGUGUGCUUCACGACAGGAUUUUAGAAAUGAAAAGAUAUUAUCAGCAGUCUGAAGACACCAUGAGAAAAAGCUUUCAGCAACAGCUAAGUGAUGCCAUCGCUGUUAUCAGAGGGAUGUACACGAAAUUCUUUGAGAUAGAAGAAGAAAAGGCUGCCUUGCAAGACGAAGCAAACAUCAGAAUGAGCUUUCUAGCAAAAAAGCUGAAAGAGAAAGAAGAAAUUCUUAAAGAUUUAAGAAAUGAACUAGAACAAUAUGAAGAGAGUGGAAUUCAAAAGGUUGACAAUCUAGGCAAGGAGGCCAGCUCAGAAAAAGAACUUAUGGAAUGCAAGACGGAGAAUGAGAGGCUGCUGCAGGUGAUUGCGAUGCUGGAGGAGGAAGCGCAGAUGAGCCUGAAGGAAAACUCAAUACUAGAGGAUGAAAUUAUAUGUCUGAAAGAGACUGCAGACCAGGAUCAGCGAACUAUUCAAAAGUUAAUGGACAGUAGAGACAGACUGAGAUAUGAGUUGGAUUGUGAAAAAUUAGCCAUUCAAGAUAUGAUCAAUAAGCAGAAAGAAGACAUGGAAUUAAGAAGAAAGUACGCCAGUAUAAGCGCCAAGAGAACAACCAGGGGAAGAGAAUCUGCUUUCAGACGGUCUACGAGUCAUCAAUCCAAGAACGUGACAUCAGCAACCGAAAGCCAUCAUUUUAUAAGGCCGCCUUCUGCUUCCCUCAGCGUAUCACCUAGGCUAAAGAAGAAGAUGGGAAAGAGAUAUCUUGGCGCUGCUGUCAUGCCUACUCCUGUUCGUGCUGAAACUCAUGCUCCUGCUGCAGCGCCCGCUCCUGGGGUUCCUGUCACAUUGGUCACCACUCCUACUGUCAUUACCAAUUUCCUCGCAAAGUCCCAGAUGGAUAAGCAUCAAGUUAACACACCAGAGCCUCUGCAAGAGACUGGGCGCCUGCGAGGCACACGCUCUUUCCCACAUACCACGCUGUUGCUCAUGGGCACCGCCGUUAUUGCUGAGACCAAAGCUGCUGUUCGACAAGGUCUCUCACUUGCCUGGACAGUUACAUUUCUACUACCUCACAUGGUGCCUGAAGAAGUGCUUUUAAAGUUACAGAUGCUUAAGGAUGAAGACAAAAGAGUUAUGCAGGAGGAAAUACAAGCAUUAAAAUCUACACUGGAGAAUGAAAAGAAGAAAAUAGAAAGGAUUCGAAAGGACACUGAUCGGAUCAACAAAAACUGGGAGAGGAAAUUUCUCAUCCUCAGGAACAGUUUUCACGUCCUAAAGGAUGAGAUGUUCACCAGACACACACUUUUCCGUCAGUUCGCAAUGAUUGCUGACACCUCCUUCAACUACGUUAAAGUUAAGCCUGUGUUUGUGAACACAAUGAACUUGACAGAAUCAUCCUCUGCUGCAAACGCUUUGCAGACCACCAUGAUGGAACCCAACUUUGUGGACAUACCCAGUGACCAGGUGACCUUUAAACGCGUGCCAAAAGGAAACUAUGACCUCAGCAGUGCGUUCCCAGACGAUCUGGGGGAGGACACUGCAGCCACAGCUGAUUUUCUGGGGCUGGAUUGCAUAGAAAAGGGUCCAGGAGCCAGCUGUAUUGAAGAAGUUAUGAUGGAAUUAAAAGACUUUCUGAAGAGUUGUCCACAGGCCAAAGAAUGUAUUGGAAAACACGACGAGUGGGUGGAGGUGCAGCUGACGGUCAGGGCCGUUCCCUAG